CUUUUGUAUAUCUUGUUCCUGCCCACCUUCCACAGUAAACACAGCAAACCUUCUAUCAACCAAAGCGAUGGCUAGUUUCUUCGAUGCUCCUAUAUCAGAUGAUUAUUUUUUUGUCAAUGCGCCAUGCUGUCGCACUCGGCGGGAGGCUACCUUAUACUACCUCCACAAUACGCAUUUUGUCGAACUGCAACCUCCGACCGACACGCCCGUAGAAGUGCUGCAUCAGAUAGCGCAUCCAUUCUCCAUGGGGUCAGUUACCGACCGACAGAUCGUUAUCCAAAUUGAUGGGGACAUUCGAAAAUCCGUCAGAAUUGGCCGAUCCAACCUCAGCGCAGAGAAGAGUAGUCUUGAGCUCGUCAGGGCAAGGACGUCAAUUCCAGUGCCCUUCAUCCACCAGUACUAUCUAUCCGCGGACUAUGAGCACCUCGUUAUGAGCAAGAUGCCCGGAGUAACACUGGAAACCGCCUGGCCCAUGCUAUCUCCUCACGAACGGGAAUUCAUAGCUGAUGAAGUGGUUUCCCUCAUCCGUCAACUACGAACACUACAUUCUCCACACAUCCAAGCUGCUCUUCUGCAGAGACAGCCUCUGCGUGCUGGGAUUAAAAACUCGACAGAAUUCAAUAUGGAGAGAAUAAAAGAUUACCUGUGGGACCAGCGGAUUACCGACUAUAUUCGUCACAGAAGCAUAGCUGUCACCGAUGAGCCGAACGUGUUCACCCAUGGAGACUUAGAUUGGGGUAAUAUCAUGAUCACCGACAAACGAGUCAGUGGGAUCAUCGAUCUAGAGAGCAGUGGCUACUUCCCGGCAUAUUGGGAGUGGGUCACGGUCAAGAGGUUAUCUCAAGGGCUCCCCAGUGGCUCCUGGUUUCGGCUCUUGGAGCAACGGCUGAGAAAGGAAAAACUAUCCGGGUGGGAUGGAAUGUGGGAGGUAGAGAAACUGAUCUCGGCUCUGGAUUCUCACUCACAGUGGGCUUUGACACCGGAAGACCGGGAGAGAAACCGAGUCAAAGGAUGGGCCGAAGUAGGUGAGAUCCUUGGUGUAAGCAUCGGUGAUCCGCCUCCAGUCACGUACGUCGUGGCAUCCCAGCACCCCUGGUGGCUCGAGCUGGUGAAUCAACGAUAGGAAGUUAAGAAAGUGAGGAAGGGAAAAGGGCCAGAUCAUGAGGCUCAGAACACCCGACAGAUAUUCUCGUCAAUUAACCAGUAAAC